GGCUGCUGGCGGGCACGACUGGUCUUAGCCGGACCGGAAUGGUUGAGGCCGGCCCAGGGAGAGGGACGCUAGUAAGCUGACAGGCAGGCUGAGAGAGGCGGCCAGGGCUGGGCUGGAGGGAGUGCUCGGGACGCCUCGGCAGGGUCUGUGGCAUUUUGACCGACUGACUGCACGACUCUCAGAGUGACCCAGCCGGAGGGGAGAAGACAAAGAGGCCAGAACCUGACAGCCGCCGCUGUGGAGCAGCGCUCGCAGCCCACGGGCUCGCAGCACUGGCCAGCCCCGGCUUCGUUCUCGGGAGACCCACUACUGCCUCCUCUUGGACCGCCUCGCUUCACCAACUCCUGUGACCCUUCCCCAAGGCCACUUGAGUGUAGAAGUCCAAGUCAGCUUCCCCACUGCGGGAGCUUGCCCAUCUGUCGCUCCCGUACUCUUGCUGAGUUCUUAUUUCGGCAGGGAGGAGCAAACGAGAGACCCAACAUUCCGCACUUCACUUUGGUUCGGGCUGGAGAUUCGUAGUUUGGCAUUCGAGGGGGCGGGGCGGACGCCUGGGGCUUCCGGGAGGACCGCGGAGGUUCGGGGAAGAUUAGCCGCCCCCCGCUGGACAGAGGCUUUUGUUGUCAGCCUAAAAGUCUCCCUGCUGCUGCCGUCCGCCUGGGGUCCCGUGCGGUUCGAGUUGACUCUACAGCUUUGAUCUAAGUCAAGUGCGCCAAAUGCGAGCCGAUUUAGGUGAGGCUGAGAGUAAAGUAGACGGGUUUUCCCGUUCUUUGCCACUUCCGAGGAAUGCCCUAGUCGGCACCCAGAACUGCAGCUUUUGAAAGAUCAUUUUCGCCUGGCUCUUGAUUUGCUGUCCUGAAAUGGCACUACCUCCGAAGACCACUUGGAGCGUACGGAAAGUCAGGCCGACUCUGGCAAGACUUUAAACUUGUGGAGAUAUUCCUCUGAUAGGAAGACACUCCUUUUUACAGAGAGACUCGGCUGCAGCUGUUUCUGCAGGGACAUGGGGAGAUCGUGAACUAAGUCUGGAACCCAGAUGCGAAGAGGAAACUGCUCUCUGCGGCGAAGGAUGGCCAAACCCACUCUGCGAGGAAACGGCACUAACUCUGAAUGCUUACGACAGCGCUUCAGGAGAUUCCAUUACCAGGAGGUGGCUGGGCCCCGCGAGGCCUUCUGCCAACUUUGGGAACUUUGCUGUCGGUGGCUGAAGCCAGAGGUGCGCACCAAGGAGCAGAUUGUGGAACUGUUGGUGCUGGAGCAGUUCCUGACGGUGCUGCCUGGGGAGAUCCAGAACUGGGUACAAAAGCAAUGUCCGGAGAACGGAGAGGAGGCCGUGACGCUGGUGGAAGGCUUAGAGAGAGAGCCUGGGCGACCUGGGCAUUCGGUCUCCUCGGAGAAGAGGACACCCCUGAAAUCAUCACAGGAGUUCUUAGGUGUUCUUCAGGAGUCAGUGGAACCCCAGCCCAGGGGUGUAUCCAAGAGAGAGCAGGCAAAAGGCCCAGCCCCGGGACCACAGAAGCAGAUGAACCUGGAGACUCUCAGAGCUUGCCAAAGGAGCGGAUCAGUUCCUAAACCCGAUGUGGUCUCCAGGUUGAAUCAAGGAGAGCCAUGGAUCCCAGAGCUCAGCUCCAAGGAGAAAGAUGUCCCAAAAGGCCACAGCACAGGAGACAAACAAGUUUAUACUGAUCCAUUCCUAUCCCAGAGAGAGAGAAGUAGCUGGGUGGAACAGGAUCACUGGGGUUUUGAUGAGGAGAAGGUGGUGGGUGUGCACUGGGGCUACAGAGAGACUAGAACACUCCUUGCAAUUCUCAGUCAGACUGAAUUUUAUGAAGCUCUCCGAAACUGUCAUAGGAACAGCCAAGUGUAUGGGGCUGUAGCUGAGAAGCUGCGUGAGUAUGGCUUUCUCCGAACCCUGGAACAGUGCCGGACCAAGUUCAAAGGUCUUCAGAAGAGAUACAGGAAGGUCAUGAGUGGCCAUCCACCUGAUACCUGCCCUUUCUUUGAAGAGAUGGAAGCCCUGAUGAGUGCCCAGGUCAUUGCACUGCCCAUUAAUGGCCUGGAAGAGGCCGCUUCCCAUGCUGGCCAGGCAGGCACGGAGACUGAGACUGAGGAGCCGGCACAGAGGGCUUGGAAGCCUGAGGAUGGAGAAGAGGCUGUGGCUGCAGGGUCUGACAGUGAUGACCUGGAGGCAGUCCCCCAGGACCGUGACAACCCACCUGCAUCUGUUCUCUUCCGAAGCCAGAGUGGUGUGCACUGGGGCUAUGAAGAAACCAAGACUUACCUUGCAAUUCUUAGUGAGACUCAGUUCUACAAAGCCCUCCAGAACUGUCACCGCAACAGCCAGUUAUAUGACGCGGUUGCUGAAAGAUUAUGGGAAUAUGGCUUCCUUAGAACCCCAGAGCAAUGUCGGACCAAGUUUAAAAGCCUAAAAACCAGCUAUCAGAAAGUCAAGAAUGGCCAAGCACCAGAAACCUGCCCCUUCUUUGAAGAAAUGGAUGCUUUGGUGAGUGCCCGAGUUACUGCCCCACCUAGUGAUGACCAGGAAAAAGAAACAGCUUCUUGCUACCUCCAGGGAACCAGUGAGGCUGAAGCUGAGAAGCAAGCCGAGGACACAGAGGAGGAAGAUUCAGGUGAUGAUGACGAUGAUACUGAAAUACCCCCAGGUGCUGUUACAACCCGUGCCCCAGUAUUAUUCCAGAGCCCUAGUGGUUUUGAGGCUGGAUUUGAUAACGAACAGAAUCUUAAACGAGAUAUUUCUGAGGAAGUACAGCUGCAUAGGACAUUACUUGCAAGGUCUGAAAGGAAAAUUCCCUGUCACGUGAAUCAAGGUAAAGCUUUUAAGAAUGAGUGUUCAUCAGAAAGCCAGGAGGAAAAGACUCAGAGGGAGAAAAAAAGAAAACUGGCAUUCCCAGAGAAGAGUAUCAGUACAGUCCUGACUUAUCGGAGACCAGGCUUGGGAGACAGAUCCUACAAAUAUCUCAGGUAUGGCAAAAGAUUUGACCCAAACUCCCAUCUCAUGUAUCAGGUAUCCCAUCAGGUAGAGAAUCCAUAUAAAUGUGCUGACUGUGGGAAAAGCUUCAGUCGAAGUGCACGCCUCAUCAGACAUCGGAGAAUCCACACUGGAGAGAAACCUUAUCAAUGUGUGGACUGUGGGAAAGGUUUCCGUGACAGUUCCAAUUUCAUCACCCACCGGAGAAUCCACACAGGAGAAAAGCCGUACCAGUGCAGGGAAUGUGGAAAAUGCUUCAAUCAGAGCUCAAGCCUUAUAAUUCACCAGAGAACCCACACAGGAGAAAAGCCAUACCAGUGUGAAGAGUGUGGGAAAAGCUUCAAUAACAGUUCUCAUUUCAGUGCACAUAGGAGGAUACACACAGGAGAGAGGCCCCACGUGUGUCCUGACUGCAGUAAGAGCUUUAGUAAGAGUUCUGACUUACGUGCACAUCGCAGGACCCACACAGGAGAGAAACCUUACGGGUGCCAUGAUUGUGGCAAGUGCUUCAGUAAGACCUCUGCCCUUAAUAAACACCGAGAGAUCCAUACACGAGAAAAGGGGCUGUCACAGUCCAUGUCUAAGUAAGCCCCCAAGGAAGGGCCUCAGCAAACGUACUGUUUGAAGUCCUCUCCUGUUUUGUGCCCAGUUGGCUUAGGAAGCACUCCUCAGGAUUUUUGCCCUCUUUGUUCCUUAUGUUUCCCAAAUCUAGCCUAGUCAAAUGUCAGUGGUUUUAAGAUGAAAAGUAGAUUUGGUCUGAAAUGAUGAUGGUAAUAAUGUCUUCCCUCGAGAGGAUAUGGUGGUAGAUCCUGUAGGUCUCAUGUAUGUCUUUCACUCGUCCUGUCAUUAGUGCACUUCAAUUGGAAACCCAUCUCAGCAGUUUUUCAAAGGAGCUGUGAGACCACUCAUUAAUUGGACCAUCUUGCUCACUUAAACCUGUGUAUACUCUUCAUUUAUCUUUAAGGAACGUCUUUUUCUUUUUUUCCCAAGAAUCUGGGCUGGGGGUGUAGCUCAGUAGUAGUAGAGCACUUAGUAUGCACAGGGACCUGGGUUCAAUCCUGAGUAACACACAGAGACAGAGAGACAGUAAGUUAGGGAAAAAUGUAAGCCUUCUAUAAACACUGAAUUUCUUAGUUUCUUCUAGAUUCUACAAAGGGUAUAAUAAUGCUAUAUAUACAGCAUCUUCUUUGAUUUUUCCCUUUUCUCUCCUUUCCUCCUCACCUUCAUCUAAAUUUUAUCUGUCCCUUGUGGACUAAAAGCCAAAAGAGCAAACUAGAUAGAGUGAGUCACACAAAAAGCAGUUAAAGCUACUAAUAGGAGUCAUCUAUUUUUCCUACACUCCACAUACAUAUUUUAUAUAUAUAUAUAUAUAUAUAUAUAUAUAUAUAUAUAUAUAUAUAUAGAGAGAGAGAGAGAGAGAGAGAGAGAGAGAGAGAAAGAGAGAGAGAGAGAGAGAGCAGCCUAUGGGUGCUCAGUACUAAUUUUGCAAGGAGCAGAACCACUGCCAUAUCCCCAUGUACAGGUAAAAUAUACUUUACCCUAAAUGACAGGGAAGAUGGUGGAGCUACCAAUCUACACACACUCAGCUAUACAAAUGAAAGUAUCUACUUGAACACAAAAGUAAUUAUGGGUUUUCAAAAUUAGGUGAUAUUGAAUUAAUUCCUACAUACUCAUAGACUUAUGAUGAGCCCUGUACAAUACAAGUAAACAGUCCUUACCCUUGUCUUUAUACUGGAAAACAGAUAAUACAUAGACAGAAAACCUAAACAUAUAUUGGUAACAUUUAUUAUUUCUUAAAGAGAGGUCUUACUAGGUAGCAUUGGCUGACCUGGAACUCACUGUGGCGAUUACACUGGUGUUGAACUCACAAAGAUCUGUCUGCCUCAGCCUUCAAAGUCCUAGGAUUAAAGAUAUGCAUCAUCACGACAGGCUGCAACUGUUUUAAAGAAAUUUAGGAAGCUAAGUAGUGUUACUAUACUAGACAUAAGUUUUAAUAUAGCUUGCUUGCUCUGAGGAAAAUCUGGAAAGUAUUUUUUCAGGAAACAGUAAGCAUUCAAAGGAAGAAGAGUAACUAGGUAAGUUAUAGUGAGAUAGACUUUUAAAACUAGUUGUAAAAUUGGUGCUAGGUAGGUAAAAAGUGAAAAAACAUUGAAGCACAGGACAAAAGGUAUAAAGUUCACUAAAGAAGCAGGAAAAACCUAAUGAAUGUAUGAUAUAGCUGUACCAUAGGCAGAGAAUCAACUCAGCGGAGAAGGAGUGGUGGAGGGAGACCCUGAGAUGUACUGUGCUAAGCCUACUGACAUCGGGAUGGCAGCUUUACUCAGGGAAAAACGAGUUUUAAGAGACUAGCUCUUUUGAGAGAUAAAUAUCAGAAAUUACCAUCUAUUGAAGAAAAGAUGGCCAAGACCUGGAAUCACUAACUUUCACAUUUUCACUUUUAUUAGAUACCCACGAGUAGAUUAAGAUCUGAGGUAGUAGUGAGGAGAAAAGGCUGUUCCAAAAUUUCUUAGGAUGAGUAAUUAAUUAGGGUUCUGGUAUUAAGGGAUUCUAAACAAAGAACUAACAUUAACAAUUAAGGAGCUGGGUGGUGGUGGCACACGCCUUUUAUCCCAGCACUCAGGAGGCAGAGGCCAGCCUGGUCUACAAGAGCUAGUUCCAGGAUAGGCACAAAGCUACAGAACCCUGUCUCGCAAAACCAAAAAGAAAGAAAAAAAAAUACAACUAAGGAAAAAUGGUAUCUUAAUUAUGCUACCAAAGCAAGCAGGAGGGUACAAGAAACCCCUGUCUAAAAAAAAAAAAAAAAAGGCCUUAGGACCUCAGGAUUUGUAAGUGAGCUGCAAUGUCAAGGAAAAUAGGAUUAUUAUUUUUAGUAUAAAUCUAUGUAUAAUACCAUGGAAAAGGCAUAAAGGUAUUAGCAAACAGAUGGUUCCAAAUGUAUGUCUAUUAAACUCCUUUUGUUUCUCUUCCUGUAAAGCAGAAUAAUGUUUACAGCACAUCUGCUCUCAGGGAUAUCAUGUUAAUAAAAGUUAUGUCUAUAAAGUGCUCUGUGUUUCUUCAGGUGUUUCAGUGUACAUUUAUAUAUGCAAAUUAUAUAGAAUUAUUAGCUUAAUCAUAAAUUCUUUUGAUUAAAUUGUGGAUGGUGGUGCUGCAGGAGCUACUUUUGCUCCACCAGCCAAUGGCCUUUGAGAUACCAGCCCACUGGGGUGUGGUGUCUUUCGCUUUAAAAAUAAGCGGAGGCAGCCCUCUCGCUCUUGCUUGCUUCGGAUUCCGCUUCUGGCUAUCAGACGCUUUUCCUGGUUCUGCAGGAGGCUGUUGUCUAGGACGGUGAUCUGUAAGUUUUUCCUUUUAAAUAAAUAACUCUUUUUAUUAAUCUUAA